CAAGCAAAACAUAGUCCUGAAGUAAUACUUUAAUAGAUGCAUAUUGGAUGAAAUUAUGCUAUCUUACAUUGACCAUUCCUAGAAUGACAAUUGUACAUGCAAACCAAGAUGCCGUAUUUUGCAGAUUACCACCACAUUACGAAAACGUGUACUAUUUUUCAUGAGCAAGUGUCUUUGUUUACAUUAAAUGGCGGCUACGAUGAAUGCAAGACGGGACAAGCACUCUACAAUUUCAUUCACACUGCCCAUUUCAUGUCAGAUAUGUCUCGGGAAGGUGAAGCAGCCUGUGCUGUGUCCAAACAACCAUGUUUUCUGCUCCACAUGCAUGGAUGUCUGGCUGCAGAGAAUCCAGCAGUGUCCUGCUUGCCGAACACCAGUUAAUUCCAGUAACCCCAUUAAACAUAUCAAAGGUGGUUUGAAUCAAGUAGAGGACACUAAAUUAAAGAUGACCAGUCCAGAUAUGAGAAGAGCCAGAUUUGAACUGCUUUACAAGGAAUAUGAGGAUGAAUUUGAUCAUCUAGAAUCUGAGAUGAAGCUCCUCAAAACAGAGAAUGAAAUCUUGAAAGACCAACUCAAGAAGGGAGGUGAGAGGUCAGGGGUCAGUGAAAAGCCGGAGUUCAUUCAUCCAGGAUCAUCCGAUACCAGGAGUCUACUGACACUCACCAAGAAACUACAAGAUGCUCAGAAACUAUAUGAACAUCUCAAAAACGACAUGGCGAAGGUCAAUGAGGAAAAUAACAAACUCAAGGAUGAAAAGGUCAACCUUAAUCGAGAAAAUGAGAAACUCCGAAUGGAGAUUGCAACCCGAUCUCCUCACAGAUAUGGGAGAUACACUGUUGCAACGUUGGAAGCAAAACUUGAGAGCUAUGAAAAGGAAAUCAGACAACUGAAUAAAGCUUUGGAGAGAAGUGAUAGAUAUGUGGAGGAUCUUGAGUCAGAACUAAAUAAACUAAAGGGCACAAUUCCAGGCAAAGCCAACUCUGUUCCUCCCAAAUCUUCCUUAGGCUCCAGGAAUGUAGAUACUGUCUCCCAAAAUCCAGCCAAAAGACAGUUGUUUGGAAGUUCCAUGGAAGAUUUAAGAAAUCUCCAUGCUGGAGAUUUGAUUUGGGACAGAAACAAACAAAUGCCCACAUCCACUGACUAUCAGAAAGUUACUUCUGACAGAGCGCUUGGAGGAUCUGCAAAGUCAAGACCACGAAAAGAGAUGCAGAAGAAAGAUGACACAGAGGUCACCAUGGACAGCAGUUGCAAUUCAGGAUCACCUAUAAAAGAUAAGAGUCCAAAAAAAGUACACUUUUCUCUCCCAAAAAACUCACAUGACACGUCAUCCUUUGAUUUGGAUCAGCCUAGUCCCCUGACACCCUCAAGUGCAUUAGGGAAAAUGGCCAUUGGGAGUGGUAGAUCCUCACCAAGUGAGAUUGAGUCUCGAUAUUUUCAACAAGCUAGGCAUGGCUCUGAAACCACUGCCAGAAAGAAUUCUGUGGAUGGGAAUGUAUCCCUUGAUAGUUUUGAUGGUUUGGGGAAAAAAGGAAAAUCUAUUCUUAAGACAAAAGAAAGACAUGAUGAUAGCUCAAGUACAAGUGUUCUUAGUGUUCCUGACUUUGAAGUAACACCUACAAAGAGGUUAAAGCACAAGCAUGACCUGGAGUUGAGUGACCUUGAUGACACACAGACAAUUAGAAGUGAGCUUGAUGACCUUAAUAUUUCUCUAACUCCAGAGUUGAGUGACUGCAUGAAAUUGUUGAACCGAGCUGAGAAGAAAACACACAAUACAGAAGGAUAUGUUCAAGACACAGCAGGUACAAGAACAGACAUUGCACUAGACAACUAUUCCAGCCAACAGAGUCAGUUAUUGAGUCCUACCUUGACAACUGCUACUGUCCAUCCGUAUCGCUCAAAUCCGGAUAGUCUGUUUAGCUUACAAGAGCAGGAAUACUACAGUAAAUUCAGACCUAACCCAAACAUGCAGACAGCCCCUCACAAUAGUGGAAGCAGUUACAGCAAGUUAGCAUUCUCUGAUGCAGGUAUUACUAGAGCUAAUCUCUACCCCAAAGUGGUCACUUCUAUACCAGGUUCAUCCUUUCCAACUACAGGACUAUCCAACUCCUACACACUUCCAGCAACUACAUCAGUUUCAAAUUCUUAUGGUGUGUCUGCACUUGUCAAUGCUAGUCAGCUAAAAGGUAUUCACUCAAUGCAAAAUAUGGAUGAAAAGUUGCACAUGCUAGACAUAACAGGAGAUAAAUACAGAGCAUCAGGUUUAUCUGACCAAAAUGGUUUGGCUGCUAAAUCUGAUCCAGCUCCUGAAAGCAGUUAUGACCGGUACUUUUCAUCAGCCACAGUCCCUCCCCAAUCCUUCCACUCAUCAUUGCCCAUUACCACAACUGCAAAGCCUUCUCAUCGAGGCUUAAUCCUCAAAACUGAUCUGCCCCCAAGAUACCCAAUUCAGCGCCGUUCUUCUCUGGAUUAUUGCAGAGAAGUCCAAUUUGAUCCCGUUAAAGGUUCAGAUGCUCAGAACCUUCAUGCCAGUCAAAUAAAUGUACGAAAAUAUUCCUCCCUCACCAACAUUCCAGCAGCUAUACCAUUGUCAUCCUCAGCUCUGUCUAAUUACUCUCAGACAGUUGGCAAUCAUCUUCACAAGUUGAAUAAACUAUUUCCAGUCUCAUCCAGUUCUUCCAAGGGAACUUAUGUUUCCUCUGGUUUGCCCUAUUCCAUGUCUUCUAAUCCUAGCUUCUCCUUGUCAUUGACAGGUAGCACUCAGGCAUCCAGUCAUGUAGCUCACCCUGUGUCAAGGCCUACCCAAGCACUUCCUGCUAACUCCAUGCUCUCUGCUGCUAUUGUCACAAACCCAUCAUUGGUUAGCUACCCUGCUUCAUCCAGCAUUACAUUUGCAUCUACGGCUCUCAGGACAUCCUCAUCCAAACUGUUAGCAGAAGAUGGACUUGAAUAUUUGACAGGUGCAAGUGAUGUAGGCAAGACAGGAAACUAUAGUUAUGUGUCUAAUGCAUCAAAUGAGCUUUCAUCCAGAGGGUCAGACUCCUAUUUGCCAGAGCCCAAAAAGCGCCUUUUUGAGAGUGGAGAUGAUUUAGAUGUGACUUUAAGCCCCAUCAAAUCAACUAGAAUUAACUAGAAUUAAUGGUCACUAUGGCAUGUGUAUUAUCAAAUUUUGAAACAGCAACUUAAAAAUGAAAUAUAUGUAUGCACAUGCUUCUCCUGACACUGACCAUUAAAGCAAUAAUACCUGGAUAAGGAACAACAUGAGUUGAGAUGCUUAAUUCAUAGACACUACUAAUUACUUGUGUUAAAAUAUUUUGCUUGUUUGUGUAACAUAACUUGAAACACUACUGGUCUUGACUGGUUGACCUAUACAUUUGCUCUUGAAUGCUUCUAAUUUGGCAUUGUAAGCUAUUUUUUAGUCACUAAUAUAUAUUAUUUUGAUCAUUGUUGAUUCUGCAAAAAAAAACAAGAUCAUUUCUCAUCCUGACGCAACAUAUUGCAAUUUCCUUCUUGUUGUCAGUCAUAUAACACAGAACCCAAAACAUGCCUCUUUUACAUCAGGAGUGCCCCUUGCCCAUGGUUACCCAUCAGUGAUAUCACUUACUUUUCCUACCCAUUGCACAAAAGGGGACACAUGUGCUUCUAUUUGGGAAUUAUAUCCUUUAACAUGAUACGUUCUUUGACGAUGAAACUUCAGUUACCUUGCUUGGUGUUUACUACAUACAGUGGCAAGUGUUUAAUUUGCAUUAAGCAUUUUUUCAUCUUGUUCCACAUGUUGGUGACAGGACAUUUUCCUGAUGUCUGUCUAUUUAUCUUAUUUUUUUACUCAUUUGUCAACAUCACCAAGGUGCUCUUCAUUGUUCACUUGGUCAGAUGAUUCUUCAGGUUCUCAGUCAGGACACACUGGUAGUGAAAUUUGGUGAGUCCAGACCACCUGUUGAGAAUUCACCUUCAUCAACUUUGAGACACACUCUCCCAAAAAAUUAUGUCUAUGUUCCAGCUGUGGCACUGAAGACAAAUGUGGAUGUUCCUAAUUUACCAUGAUGCCAUACCUGAGCUGCUUAUCCAAGGCCUAUUCGCAGGAAAUGAACUGGAUUGAGCAUGCACUCUCACUCUUAGACAAGGAAAAUCUGAACAUUGAUGAUGCUAUUGUGUGGUCAGCGUUUCUUGCCUCCCUUCUACCUUCUCUGGAUGAUCCAUCAUUGUUACUCUUUUAUGAGAAAUGUGCCACACCAGCCAUGGUUAAGCAUGGGAUGCUUGUGAUUAGACAGGCUACAGAUUUUCUUGACCCUAGGCAAAGUCCUUUUACUUACCUUGACCAGCUCUUGUUUGCUCUUGCCAAAUUAGUACAGUUGAAAGGACCCAUCACUCAUGGAGAACAAGUGUAUGUUGUUAUGUUGGGAGGGCUCUUUGGAAGGCAAUCAGAGACCUACUAAAUAGAUCCGGCUGGACAACAGAAGGACUGAAGGAGAUGUGACAUCCUCUGGUGUAGCAGAUUCACUUGUGAAGGUAUCACAUCUGACCAGGACCGGACACCACCACCAAGUUGCACUCUUGACCCUUCACAACCUGAAGCUUUCCUUCUUUAAAGAAGAUCCAGUGAUGAUGGUACAAUACUGGAUAGAUGACAUGUGUCAAAAGUGUCCUACAUAUAAGUAUUGGAACAUCAUGCAACUGGAAACCGAAGUUCUCUUGGUCAUCCUGGCUCACAGAGGAAAAAAAUUCCUAUUAUAUGUCAAAGUCUUGGAACAAUUGACACCCAUGUUCUUUGCCCUCGGCCACACUCAUUGUGCAUGAUGGACGCCCAUUCACAAGAGACAUGAAAUCCUUACCAGAGAUUUUCUGUUGUAUCAUUGGAUCAGGCUCAUGAACAGGAGAACUAAGCAAGUCAAGGUUCAGGUGGUGCAUUUGGAUUAGGAGAAACCCCAUUCCUUUCAGAUGCAGGAUGGUGUCUGGGCCAGAGCUUGGUAGAUUUAUCCCAGAGUUGAAAGAUCAGUAUUUCCAUGAUGAUCCAAAUCUUCCCAUCACCAUGAGCAAGGGCUUUCCACACUAGAAACAUUUUGAAAGCGGAUUCAGAGCCAUUCAGAUACCAUCAGACAAAAUGGGAAAUCUAAUCUUUGAUGAUUUUGGUCACCUUAUUACUCUUGAUAGCCGAACCUGCAUUCCAGAACCACAGUAAACACACUGGAGGAUGUUGGAAAGAGGUAGUAUAAUAAAUUUCUCAAAAUUGAUAAUUGAAGAUGGGACCCCCCAGUCUAUUCAUAAAACCCUGAAGAGAAAUUCUCUGCCACUGUUCAGCUUUCCAUACAGCAAGCCAUCUUCUAAACACGGACAAAGAUUGAAAGUUCUUCAAAAUAAUGAAGCAUUUUGGGUCAGCUUAAAAUGGCAAUACAGAACGGUGAGAUUGACUUUCUCUUUGCUCAUGAGAUCCAGGCAUUCCCACCUUCUCUCUCUGAUUUUGGCAAACUUUAAUUACCCAGUGCAAAGUCUGACCUUUGGUGCUUUGCACAGUCAAGAGUUCCCUGUCAACUGUUCAGUGGGAGAUGGUAUCAAGAGAUGUUUUUCGGGAACAGACACAGAGAUAUCUCUGUGGAGGAUGUACCAGGUUCAACCACUCAGAUUGGCACCGUAUUUGACUGUUCCGCAGAAUGUGUAGCAGAAGUACUCAAUCUCGGAGUGUCUGUCUUUGGGCAUGUAGGGAUGUCUCAACAAAACUGUUGAUGGAUUAUCAGUCUCUUGAUGUACUAUACGACUAUGAAACUGCCGCUACAACACUAAUCAAAGCUUUUGCAUACAAGCAUUCAGAUUGUUAUUACACACCACUGCUCAGUGUUUGCCAGAUAUUUCCCUUGUGUCACAAUAAAUAUCAUAAGAGAUUGUUGGGCUGUGUUUGGUACAUCUUGUAGUUCCAACAUUCGGGGCAGUGAAGGACCAAGGGCAACAGGUGCCCCUGAUGUAGAUGAAGAAAUGUUUUUGUUUCUCGUAUAACAUUAUCGAAGUGAAGAAGGAAAUUGCAACAUGCUGUGUCAGGAUAACUAAGUUAUAUCAUGAUUAUCCAUAUUCAUGUAAUAUCAAGUGAAUAAUUACUUUGAAAGCAUAAGCAAGAAUCCACUUUUUCAAACUUUCUGAUGAUCACAUUAAUUCAGCAUAUUUAACACAUGCAGGACCAUGCACAAUCUGUAAUUGGCACACUCCAGGUACGUUAUUGUGUAUUGUAUGUGUUAGUAUAUACAUCGUCAUGUUUGAACUUGUGUAGACAGUGUUCUUUUUAUCACACAGUUCACAGUUUCAAAUAUAAGGAACAUUUCAUGCAUAAAGAAAUAUCCUUGGACCCAUUACUACUCAGCUCUUUCACCCUGUUUUUACAGAAAGUAGAAUGAAUCUCUCCCGUUCACACCAGGAUACUGAGCAUGGAUAUCUUUUCCAACCUGCAUCAUACUGCUACUUGUUGUGGCUGGACACUAGCGGACUUUCUUUUGUAUGGAUAACAAAAAUAACUUUUCAUUCAAUGCAGCGGGGGCCCAGUUGCCUAAGGCGUUGUGAUUCGCUGUGCAGAGUUGUGUCCCUUGGCCAUGCCAGAAACCUAUGAUUGUGGGUUCGAAUCCCGGAUCGCCCCGAUUAGGUUUCUAGGUUUGUCAGCACCAUACCCGUGGAUUUCACCGAAUUGGUAAACGUCUAAGACUUGCAUUACUUCGGGCUUUCCUCCAACAUAAAACUCACUCACUCACCCAUGCAGUGUGAUGCACUGCUAAUUGUCUGAUUUACCAUUACAAAGCAGGACAAAUAGUGUUAUGUUUUCAAUUACUUACAUGGCAAGUCAGAUGAUAUCUUAUUGGUGAUAGGUGAUGACCAGUAGAGGUAUAACAAUUGAAGGGUCCCCUUACGAUACAUAUCCAGAUACUAUGGGUGCGAUACAAUUAGUAUCCCGAUACAGUACUUUUAUUUCAGAAAUUGAUAUUCUUUCUUCAGAUAAGGUGAAUCCAAACCCUGAAUCAUUUGUUUUUAAAUUUCAGAGAUCAGAGAUGGGACAUUGUGGGCCUCUUACUGGGAUACAAUACUGUAUCGCAGCAUUGUUACACCACUAAUAACCAUGUUGUCUUUUUGAGUGCCUGCGACAACAAAAUUGCAUAUGUCAACUAUAUGCAAGGAAUUUAAUGUGGAGAAUUGUGAUGUAUCUACCUUAGGACCUGUGUACCAUUUUCUUUGUCUAUCAUAUUAACUUUUUUUUCUCUUGUCAAUCUGUACCAAAAGCUUUACUGUCUGCUUUGCCCACACAUAGGCAUAGGUUUCAGAAGAUGUUUUCUUGUUGAUAUAUGAACUAUUGUCAGAUAAGCUUACUUGUCAAGAUUGUCAGGUAGGAAUUUUACUCUUCACAGCUUUGGACUAGUAAAUAAAAUGACUCGCUAUAGAAUCAACUUGAAAGAAACUGUGCCCGAGACCAUUGAAGUAACAUCUUCAAAUAUCAUGAUCAUAGUGAAAGUUUCUCACAGCAUCAUAACAUUUUAGUUUACUCUAUUAUUUAUUUUUAUAAAUGUAGAAAAUGAUAGUCCUUCAUCAUUUGUGGAAUAUGUCUCGUGUUCCUGAAUACAUUUCUUGGUAUCAAUGUGAUUAGAUGAGAAUUGUAAUACCUGAUUCAACUGUAAUAAUUAAUUUAUUAGCUCACCUUUUUAGUCACAUGAGCUUAUGUCAUGGCCUGGUUGUUUUGUGACUCAUCAACAAGGGUGUUGGUAUCGACAUCUUGAACAGCAGAUCAGAAACCAGUAGACAUUGAAGAUGAAACUUCAUGUGCUUUUUCCAACAAAUGAUUACACCUGAAUUUAUUAAAGAGGUUUGAAUCUGAUUUUCAACAAGGUAGCUAAAAUGAGAGAGAGAAAAAUAUUUAUGAGGUUACCCUCCACCCUAUUGGUAUGCUGGAUGAUAAUGGUAAUCUGCGUGCCGAAGUCGAGUACGUUGAAUGCCAUCUCUCUCUCGCAAAUAGUGGUUAAUUAAUAAAAUAUUUUACCCUAAGCUUAUGAGCCCACAUGGUCAUGCAUUUCAUGCAUAUGACACAUGAGUUCUCAAAUUGGAUGCCAAGAAAAAUUAGAUGGCAUUCUAGAUACCUAAGGAUUGGGGGUUUGGCAUCCUCAUUUAUGGCCACUGCUCAUCCAUUUCUGCUCAAGAUGUAUUGUUUGAAGUAUAUUUGACAGUUUAAUAUUUGUGUUUUUCCACAGUGCUACAAAUGUAUAUUUUUGAACUUAUCCUAUCUCACUCUCACACUGCAUACCCAUUCUUCUUUCAAUCAUAAGUGGAAACAUGCAUAAACAAAGGUUUCCAGCUUCUGAACAAACAAUCCACCCAAACACCCCUAGCAUCACCAUGGUCACCUCCCAACAAUCUAGGUCAUGCACUCUUUUCAUGCCGGCCGACCUACAUGCGAUGAACAACUCAUUCUCUUUCUAAUCACCUCAGUGUGGCGACGUGCUCUCACAAGAGAAUCUUUUGGGCUUUCUCUUUUGACCAACUUUCCCUUUUUCGAAGACUUCAAGAUUCUUCUUUGGUCGAAAUUUCAACAAAUAGGUCACGCAUCGACCUGCGUGCCUGACUUGUAGACAGGUUUUUUCUCCUUCUGACCCACAUGAUGUCUGCUUGGAUUGCCGCGGUCGCUGUGUUGACGUUCAGCAUUUAUCUUCAUAAGUACCGGCGUAGAGAACAAGACUGGUGCUCUAAACCUGCUGAAAAAUCGACAAAAACUAAGAGAGAAAUAAGCGAAACUACCUACCUCUUUGACGAUCAGGGAAUUGUCUAUCUAUUCACUUCCUAUCUUGUCUGUCGAUGAUGAUGGAGUAUCUGACAGCUUUUUCACGGAAGGUUCCUGUCUUAACUGCUCAGCCUCAUACGGAGAAUCUACUUUCAAAGCUGUGAUGUCAGCAGGCCUCCCUCAAUUUGGUCCUCCUACGGAUACAGUAAUUUCCGUUCAGGCUUCUGUUCAACCUACCCCAAAACUCUCACCCCCUUCACCUGUGGACCCACAGAGGAGGAUUUAAUUGAUCGUCAUGCCUCCCCUGCUUCUUCAUUAGGCAGUUGUGACACUGUGGAUCCAGUUACAGUUUUGAUUUGGAUUGCAGAUAAACUCCAGCUUCCCAAGAGGACUUCGACCGAAGAUACCUUGUCAUAUUUUGUUGUCCCCUCUACAACUUUGGCAAACAUUACACUCACUCCCAGACCGGUUGUAGCAGAUUUGGCUACAGAUAUGGAUAAAGUCUUCGGGCCCUUUGUCAGUCCCCUUGCUUUGUGUUGGCUGAUGCAGGCACUCAUGGUCUCUCAACUUCUACUCCUGAAUUGGACAGUGACUUAGCGACUUUGGCCCCAAAAGUUCAUUGUCCUGCACUACUGUGGACGAUAGAGAUUUAAUGUAUCUAGGCACUGCUCUAGUCUCAACUAUUCUUACGGCGACUGAGCUCUUACCUUUGGAUCACACAUCUUCUCCCGAGGAAGCUUGCAUUCCAGGUGCUGUUGGUUUUAUCCAGGACAAGGUUAACGACCUGCUUUAACUCCCAUGCAGUCAGAUCUUCGGGAGUGUAUCGGUAGAAGAUUCAGUUCCUUUCGCGGUUGUGAACAUGGUCGCCAAGGACAACGUGGUGGCAAAUCUGACAGAUGUACUGUGUCUUUUUCCAGACCUGAAUGUAGCGGCAAAUCUCCCAGAAUUGGAGAUACGACUGCCAAGUGACUGUCUUUGGACUCUUCCGCCCACAGCCUUUCCUGUGGUCACAUCGCCCGUAGAUUGUGUCUAUUCACAAAGAAUUGGGCCAUCCUUGGCGUUCUGUUUGUACUAGUCCUUCUAAAGACUGGUUAUCAUCUUAUCUUCAUUGUGACUCCUCCUAUGUCUUACAAGCCUCUUCAGCGCCUGUAUCCAGACAAGCAGCUUCCGGUUCUCAGGGAUGCUAAAGGGGAUGCUACUUGCAAAGAACACUAAGGAGUGCCUGGGCACAUCUCCAACAACACCGUGUUUCAACUCACCGAUCUUCAUGGACACAAAGAAAGACAGACUCCAACUCACGUCUCAUUUUCCACUUGAAAAUACCUAUAGAUACCUCCACACUUCCGGAUGACUUCCCAUCCCAUUACAACAUACAAUUCUUUGUCCUGACGAGUACAUAAUCAGUCUAGAUCAACAGGUUGCAUAUUUACACGUCCCCGUAAUCUGGAUCACUGCAGAUUCCUCCAGUUCAUUUUACCUUGUCUGCCACUACGAAUGGCAGGUGCUCCCAUUUGGAAUUUCUUCAGGCCCGUGGAUAUUUACCCGUCUCACCAAGCCCAUCGUCAAAUUCCUACAAGUUCGAGCCAUCGUCUUCGAAUCAUAAUCAACAACUGCAUUCAGACCAAUGAAGAUCAAGGCACUCUUCUCCUUCAUCUCAACUUCACAUCAUGUCUUCUUCAUCAGCUUGGUCAAAAAAUCCCACUCAACUUCUUCAGUUUCUUUGGGCCAUGUUCGACACGUGCCUAGGCAAAAUGUUCGUUCUUCAGGACCAAGAUUCAACACCUUGUUUAUUAAAGUAGACACAAUUUAUUGAUAACAACUCCUUUAACUCUUUCAUCCCUGGCUGCCCCAGAGUUAUGUCCCUUGAAACCCUGCAGUCCCUGACACUGACAAGGCCUGCACACUGGCCUCCCUGGCAGUAUUAUUGGAAAAUCAAACUAUCAUUUUUGAUGCACUUUUUUUACCAGAAAC